AUGUUUAAUUCACUCUUCCUCUUAAUCCUAGUCUUAUGUUUGUUUGUAAAUCCUUGUCUUUCCGACCCAAGAGCCACAGAGGCUGCUCUCAUAUGCACCAACAAAACCUCCCCAAUGCCACAGCGCCAAACCUACAUAAGCAACUUCUUGGCAGCCAUGACCACAGUGACCCCUUUGAUCGCCACACAAAGAUACGCAGCUGUAGUGAACGGUACUGGUAAUACCACAGUUUAUGCUUUUGGUGAGUGCAUGAAAGAUCUAACUAAAAAUGACUGUGAUCUUUGCUUUGCUCGGUGCAAGACUCAGAUCCUCAGGUGUUUACCAUUUCAAAGAGCCAUCCGUGGUGGCAGACUUUUCUAUGAUGGGUGUUAUCUAAGGUACGAUGAUUACUAUUUCUUCAAUGAGGCUUUGAGUGUGCAAGACAAGACCGUGUGUGGAGCCCAAGAGUUUGUUGGGAAUGGUUCUGUUUUUAGCGCUAAUGUUAAUCAGUUGGUGAUGAAUCUAAGCGUGGAAGCACCUAAGUUUGAUGGGUUUUCUGUGGGGUUUGUGACCAAAGAAAAUGUCACGGUUUAUGGAUUGGCUCAGUGUUGGGAAUUUGUGAAUGGUUCUGAUUGUGAGUACUGCUUGGCCAAUGCGGUUUCUAACAUUAGUUCAUGUACUCCAAAAGAAGAAGGAAGGGUCCUGAACACUGGUUGUUAUUUGAGGUAUUCAACAGAAAAGUUCUAUUACAAUUCGACUGAACCUGUUAGAAACAGUAAUCAAGGAAGCAAGUUAGCUAUAACUUUGGCUGCAACAUCAUCUGCUUUGGCUCUUUUGCUGGUUAUUGCAACGGUUGUCUUCAUUGUGAGGAAGAAUGUACUAAAGAGGAGGGGAGAGAGAGAGCAACUAGGCCCUUUGUUGGCCACUGUGAACAACUCCAAACUCAAUUAUUCGUAUGAAGUUCUUGAAAAGGCCACAAAUUACUUUCACCAUUCCAAGAAACUGGGUCAAGGAGGAUCUGGUUCUGUUUACAAGGGAGUUUUGCCAGAUGGGAAGGUUGUUGCCAUUAAGAGGCUUUUCUUCAAUACCAGACAAUGGGUGGAUCAUUUCUUCAAUGAAGUCAAUUUGAUCAGCGACAUCCAUCACAAAAAUCUUGUAAAGUUGUUGGGAUGCAGUAUUGCAGGCCCUGAAAGCCUUCUUGUUUAUGAAUAUGUGCCAAAUCAAAGCCUCCAUGAUUACUUUUCUGCGAAAAGGAAGUUACAGCUGCUAAAAUGGGAGGUGAGGUAUAAGAUCAUAUUGGGUACGGCUGAGGGCUUGGCCUAUCUCCACGAAGAAUUAGAAACGAGAAUCAUUCAUAGAGACAUUAAAUUAAGCAAUAUACUGCUUGAAGAAGACUUCACGGCAAAGAUUGCAGAUUUUGGACUUGCUAGAUUAUUUCCAGAAGAUAAGACACACAUCAGCACUGGCAUUGCUGGCACACUAGGUUACAUUGCCCCAGAGUAUGUUAUUCGCGGCAUAUUGACAGAGAAAGCAGACGUUUACAGUUUCGGUGCUCUGGUAAUUGAAGUUGUAUCUGGAAAAAGGAACAAUACCUUCUUUCAAUAUUCACAUUCCAUCAUACAAAUGGUCUGGAACCUUUAUGGAAUAGGUAGGGUAUGCGAAGCUGUUGAUCCAGCCUUAGAGGGUCAGUUCCAAGAAGAGGAGGCAUCUCGAUUACUUCAAAUUGGGCUACUAUGUGUACAAGCCUCUGCGGAGCUGCGGCCAUCAAUGUCAACGGUAGUGAAAAUGUUAUCUGAUAAUCAAGAAAUUCCUCAGCCAACACAUCCGCCGUUUCUCAAUUCCAGCAGUGCAGAAAUCAGUCAAUCUAGACCAUCUAGAACUUACAAUUCUCAGCCUGAGUCCUACACUCACACUUCAGGGAACAACUCAACAGAAAGUGGGAUUAAGCCUAUAUAAAUACUUAAACCUUCUUAAACAUAUUUAACUUUAUUCCCUUGCUUUAAAUUCUUUCAUUCGAUCCAUUCCACCGGGUGUGGCUGUUGCCAACUUGAAGGUUCUCUGCUUCCAGGAUUUUCUAUCCCACGUUUUUGCUACUUGAAUUGGUAGCACAAUGGAAUUUGUUUGCUCAAAGAUACUACAAUACAAGCUGAAAUGGUUUGAGUGACUCAGAGCUGUUUGUAAUAGUCCCCGG